UGGUGCCGGAUUUCAAACCGGAGCUGGCGGCGCGGUGCUGCUCUGCCGUUGGGUGAGGCCCGGAGGGAAGUGGAAGGCGCCCAGGUGGGGCCGGGCGAACCCCGCAAGGAAGAUGGAUACUAUGAUGCUGAAUUUGCGGAAUCUGUUCGAGCAGCUUGUGCGGCGGGUGGAGAUCCUCAGUGAAGGAAAUGAACUCCAAUUCAUCCAGUUGGCAAAGGACUUUGAGGAUUUCCGUAAAAAGUGGCAGAGAACAGACCACGAGCUGGGGAAGUACAAGGAUCUUUUGAUGAAAGCGGAGACCGAGCGAAGCGCCCUGGAUGUGAAGCUGAAGCAUGCGCGCAAUCAGGUGGACGUGGAGAUCCGACGGAGACAGCGAGCCGAGGCGGACUGCGAAAAGCUGGAACGACAGAUUCAGCUGAUCCGAGAGAUGCUCAUGUGUGACACAUCUGGCAGCAUUCAACUAAGUGAGGAGCAAAAAUCAGCUCUGGCCUUUCUCAACAGGGGCCAGCCAUCCAGUGGCAACGCCGGGAACAAGAGACUGUCAACUAUCGAUGAAUCUGGUUCCAUUUUAUCAGAUAUCAGCUUUGACAAGACUGAUGAAUCACUGGAUUGGGAUUCUUCUUUGGUGAAGACCUUCAAACUGAAGAAGAGAGAAAAGAGACGCUCUAGUAGCCGGCAGUUUGUUGAUGGUCCCCCUGGACCUAUAAAGAAAACUCGUUCCAUUGGGUCUACAGUUGACCAGGGAAAUGAGUCCAUUGUUGCGAAAACUACAGUGACUGUUCCCAAUGAUGGCGGGCCCAUCGAAGCCGUGUCUACUAUUGAGACUGUGCCAUACUGGACCAGGAGCCGAAGGAAAAUAGGUACUUUACAACCAUGGAACAGUGAUUCUACCCUGAGCAGCAGGCAACUGGAGCCAAGAACGGAGACGGACAAUUCAGGCACGCCCCAGAACAACGGAGGGAUGCGUCUGCAUGACUUUGUCUCUAAGACGGUUAUUAAGCCUGAAUCCUGUGUUCCAUGUGGGAAGCGAAUCAAAUUUGGCAAACUGUCUCUGAAGUGUAGAGAUUGUCGUGUGGUUUCACAUCCGGAAUGCCGGGAGCGCUGUCCUCUUCCCUGCAUUCCCACUCUGAUGGGCACGCCUGUCAAGAUAGGAGAGGGAAUGCUGGCUGAUUUUGUGUCCCAGACCUCUCCGAUGAUCCCUUCCAUCGUUGUCCACUGUGUAAAUGAGAUCGAGCAGAGAGGGCUGACUGAGACAGGCCUGUAUCGGGUCUCAGGCUGUGACAGGACCGUGAAGGAACUGAAGGAGAAAUUCCUCCGGGUGAAGACUGUCCCCCUGCUCAGCAAAGUGGACGACAUCCAUGCCGUCUGCAGCCUUCUGAAAGACUUCCUUCGAAACCUCAAAGAACCCCUUCUGACUUUUCGGCUGAACAAAGCCUUCAUGGAAGCCGCAGAAAUCACAGAUGAAGACAACAGCAUAGCCGCCAUGUACCAGGCUGUCGGUGAACUGCCCCAGGCCAACAGGGACACGUUAGCUUUCCUCAUGAUUCACUUGCAGAGAGUGGCUCAGAGUCCAAACACUAAAAUGGAUGUUGCCAAUCUGGCUAAAGUCUUUGGACCUACAAUAGUUGCCCAUGCUGUGCCCAAUCCAGACCCGGUAACAAUGUUACAAGACAUCAAGCGUCAGCCCAAGGUAGUAGAGCGCCUGCUUUCACUGCCCGUGGAGUAUUGGAGUCAGUUCAUGAUGGUGGAGCAGGAGAACGUUGAUCCCCUGCAUGUCAUUGAAAACUCCAAUGCCUUCUCAACACCCCAGACGCCAGACGUUAAAGUGAGCUUCCUGGGGCCCAUGACCACUCCCGAGCAUCAACUUCUCAAGACUCCUUCGUCUAGCUCCCUGUCCCAGAGAGUCCGCUCUACCCUCUCCAAGAACACCCCCAGAUUUGGGAGCAAAAGCAAGUCUGCCACCAACCUAGGACAACAAGGCAACUUUUUCGCUUCUCCAAUGCUCAAGUGAAGUCCCGUCCGCCUGCUACUCCCGGCGCUGACUGACUGCAAGUACGGGCGCACCUGUGCUCUGCCGCAGCCUCCUGCACUCAUUACUGCUUUUAGCAUUCUCCAGGCUUUUAAUCAAGUUUAAUUGUGCAUGAGGGUUUUAUUGAAACUAUAUAUAUCUCCCUCUCCUCCUCAAGUAACACAAUAUCAGCACCUUGUGCUAGCUGUUAGGCGUCUUUAGAUGGGAGAUCUUUGCAGGAUUAAAAGGGGUGCUAUGGAAUUCACUGCCAUUCUUUUUGGGGUGGAGGGCAUCCCUUGGGCUUAAAGCCAAGUGUCGCUCAUGGAAUGCCCUUUUCCUGGUGUCAUUUAGAACUCAUCUUCAUGAGACAAUGACAGAACCCCCACAUUUUUGAUGAAACUGACUUUUCUCACGGUGGGAAGUGGGAGGGCUUGGUAAAGGUAAGAGGAUUCAGGGUGACUUCUCAGAACUUGGGAGUCCCCAUUCCGCAUUAUGAAUUGAGCUACUGUGCGGAACUUUGCUAACAAUGGGACAGGUUGAGGAUGGAACUAGAGAUGGGAGUAUGCUUAGCUUUAAUUUGGAUUAGGUCCUAAUAGCACAAAAUGGCACAGCCUUUUAAAUGUGAUACUGCCACUCGUAUUUAUCUGUAAUAGGCUGCUUUUUUCGGUUUUUGGUUCAACUGGAGUCGAAACCAGUUUGUUUUUCUAAGGUGAAAUUCAUUCUGAUGUUUGAACCUACAGCCCUUCUCUUCCCCUCCCUGCCCCCCCCCCCCCCUUGUCUGGUUGAACCCUAGUUCUAACAUUCAGUACAUUGUCUCUUUGGCAUCCCAACUAACAACUAAGAGUAGGCUGUAAGGGAAGAUUGUCAAUAUUUCAUGUGGCGAGAAAAACCACAGUUGUUUUGUGUUUGCACUUUAGAUGCUAAAAUUUUCCCAUGGAAUUUAUCCACUUCUAGAUAAAUGUGGGCUUUUUCUUCUAUUAGAGUUAUUCUUGAUGUCUGUAAAAAUGGGUUUCUUCUAUAGAAUGUGUCUGGACCAUACUCACCUUUGUCUGUAAAAUACGUAUUUGGAAAAGAGUAAAUAGCUUUUUCAAAAUGAA